AUGUCAAAAAAAUUUUCUUCCCUCCAGGGAGUGAGUUCUGAUCCAGAAGUUUUAAAAAUCUUGAGAGAACGUGAAGAGCUUAAGUCAACGCUGAAAAAAUUAAAGCGCCAUGUGGCAGAAAAUCAGGGUAACAUCAAAGUUUUAACAGCUGAGAGAGAUAGAAUUCUCUGUCUUUAUGAAUGGGCACAGGAAGAGAUUUCCCAACUUCGUCAGGAAGUUAUAAAAUACCCCAGAAGUCGUAGAAGAACUGUGACAGCUCAAGCUAUGUUGAGACAUGUGGAGAUAGAAAGGGAUACAGCACUGUUAGAUUUCCGAAGGAUGACUACAGAACGUGAUAGCCUCAGAGAACAGUUAAAGCUUUCUCAAGAGACUGCGUUUAAAGAAAAGGCUCAUUUGGAACAGCAAAUUGAAGAGCUCGAAACUACUAUUAAAAAUUUAGAUAGUGAAAGGUUAGAGCAGAUGUCCAAAGUGGCGCUAAUGAAAGACACUAUUGAUUCCCUGGAAACUGAGACAAAAAGAUUGGCAAGAAGAGCAUUGGACUCUGAAACUGAGCUGAGCCGGCAAAAAGCUGAAUAUGUUUCACUUAGUUUAUUGCAUGAAAAGGCAAAACAGUCUCUUUCAGAGAUUCAGCGAAGCCUUACUAAGAAAGAAUAUGAAAUCCAAGAGAAAAUUAUGCUUUUAAAUGAAAAAAAUGAAAGCUUUUCAAGACAAAGUCUUGUACAACAAGAGGAGAUUUGUGCUUUGAAGGAAACAAUUGCACGACUCGAUAAAGAGAAGGCAACUCUGCAAGGUUGUGUGGAAGAAGGAAGAGCGAAGAUCGCUGCUUUCGAGGAAUCCCUGGCAACUAAAGAGAAAAUAAUUUCAGAUUACAAGAUUCUGAAUUCUGAGUUGGAGCGUUCAAAAAAAAAAUCUGCUGAAGCACUCAGUAUCUAUGAGAAAGAUAACACCAGUCUGCGUCAAGAGCUACAAGAAACCAACCAAGUACUUGCACAGACUAACAAGAAAAGAGAAUCAUUGGCUCAGGAGAAUGACAGGCUACAAGAGCAUCUUUCUAAUCUUAAGCAAGAAAACCAGGUACUAUGUAAAAAACUAGGGCAGUUCCAAAAGCAGCUUGAUAUAAAGUUGAAAGCCCAGGAGGAUUCAAGCACAGAUAUUGUCAGGCUGAAGGGUGCACUGAAGUCUAAAGAGAGGGAGAACAGUGAGCUUCUGGAGAAUUACCAGAAGGCCCGAAAACAAGGAGAAAGUUGGGAAUCAAAAUGCCAUCGAGCAGAAACAGACUGUAGCUCUGUUAGACUCGCACUGACCAGGUCAGAGUCUGAGAACCUCAGGUUGAAAGAGAAAAUGGAGUUCCUUGAAUCAGAGAUAGAACAACUGCAGAGCAAGUGCAAGUCAUCCCAUUCUGAAAUAGAACUGCUGAGAAAACAACUGGAAAAUGAAAGAGCAUCUAUGAAAAACCUGGAAUCUUUGCUUGCAGCCAAUCGUGAGAAAGAAUUUCAGUCACAGAUAGCAAAGCAAGAAAAAGACUCUGAAAUUCAGUUUCUUAUGGAACAGCUUUCUUUAACAGAAAAUAAACUUGCUGUGCAGCGACAAGAUUUAUCUCAGCUCAGAAACAGAGCAGCUGAGCUCGAGCUGGAACUGGAUUUCACCAAAAGACAGCUGGGGACUGAGCGCUUUGAAAGGCAAGUCUGUGUGUUUGCAUCGAGCUUCCUGCAUCUGAUUGGGGUGAAAGGCAAUAUUGUACUAAAACUUAGACUAAUUAGUAGGUUAAACAGCAAAGUUUGA